UAGGGUGACAGUAACUAUAUUAUGUGAAUGCAAACAGCAGAGGUCUUUUUAAAGCAAUCGACAGCACGACGAACACGUUACCUGGUUAAGGAGGUCCCCGCAACAUUCGUCACAAGAACAACUCCUCUACCUGAACACCGAAAGUCUGAAGACCAGCAUUAUGAAAUUCUUGGAAACAUGUAUACUGGCACUUAUGUUAAUUACACAACAUAUCCUCGCUGAUGGGCCAGGUGCGGCAGGUUCAGAUGCUGCUGACAGGCUGGAACAAUACGACGGCAAUAGCGGAACAGACAUAUUAGCGCAAGAGAUAAAGCGGGCGCGUAUUCCGCAGUUUGUGGGUAAAAGGGACUACUUUGCGAAUGACGAUUUAGAUUUAUCUGAUGACAGUCAAAACAUGCCAAUAGAAGUUGCACAAGCAAUUGAGCGAAAUUUGCUCUCCAGCUUACUCGGUGGGUCAAACGAAGGUUUGCCCGAUGGUUCUGAAGGUGCAGCGCAAAGUGAAUAUUUUGGCAGACAAACCCGUUACACACCUUCGAUGGUAGGCCGAAGAAGCAAAUGGGUGCCUAAAUUCGUUGGCAAGCGACGAGGUCCACUUUUUGUUGGCAGGAGAAGAUCUCCAUAUUUCGUUGGGAAGCGCACUUCACAAACAGAUAACAAUUUGGCGGCAGAAAAGCGUAGGAACCCCAUGUUUGUCGGAAAGCGUGCUGAUCCAGUGCUGGUAGCGAGAGGUUUAUCAAAGCCAAUGUUCGUUGGACGUCGAGGUCACCCGAUGUUCGUCGGGCGACGAACGGCCAGCGGUGACCUUGAUAGCUCUAUAUUUAUGGGAAAAAGGUCAGUUGAAAAUCUUAAAUCUGGUCAAGGUUUGACUAGUCGCAGGAAACGAUCAGUAGACAAAACAACUGAACAUGUUGCAAUCAAUACAGCCACGAUAAAAGCUAUAAACCAAAAUAAGGCGAGACAACGAUUUCACUCUAAAGUGAAACGAAAAAAGCGAGAUAACUAUUCAAAACGCGAUCGACAGAAACGCGAUAGUGAUUUUAUUUUAGAUAAAGAUAGGCGGAACUUUGAUGCACCCUUUUUUGUCGGUAAACGGGGAUCAAAUCAUUUUGAAAAACUAUCAGCAACGUCCAGUAGAAUCACAACACUAAAUUCACACGACUCAAAAAUGCCGGUUCUUGUAGGGAAACGAAAUCGUGAAUUCAAUAUACCAGAUUUCGUUGGAAAGCGAUCACAACAUCCAAGUGAUAUGCUAAGAUUUCUGGAAAGACAGACUACAUCCAGAAUAACACAAUUAAAUAAUUUAAAUCCUCCCACGCUCAAUCAAUUCCCAAGUUCACAAUAUAAACGUUACAGCCCCCAUCAUUUCAUUGGUAAAAGAUACCCCCCUCCUAAUUUCAUUGGUAAACGAUAUAGCCCUCCUGAUUUCAUUGGUAAAAGAUAUAGCCCUCCCAAUUUCAUUAGCAAACGUUACAGCACCCCAGAUUUCAUCGGAAAGCGUUAUAGCUCUCCUGGUUUCAUCGGUAAACGUUAUAGUCACCAUGAUUUCAUUGUCAAACGUUCCAGCACCCCAGAUUUCAUCCGUAAGCGUUAUAGCUCUCCUGGUUUCAUCGGUAAACGUUAUAGUCCCCAUGAUUUCAUUGGCAAACGUUACAGCCCCAAUGAUUUCAUAGGUAAACGUAACAGCCCCAAUGAUUUCAUCGGCAAACGUUACAGCCCCAAUGAUUUCAUCGGUAAACGUUACAGCCCUCCUGAUUUCAUUGGUAAACGUCACAGCCCUCCUGAUUUCAUUGGUAAACGUAACAGCCCCAAUGAUUUCAUCGGUAAGCGUUACAGUCCUCCUGAUUUCAUUGGUAAACGUUACAGCCCUCCUGAUUUCAUUGGUAAACGUUACAGCUCCAAUGAUGAUUUUGAUAAACGUGGAUAUCAUUAUAGCUCUAUUGCGGUUGAACGUAAACGAGGAUUUAUUUCCCCUGAUUUCAUAGGUAAACGCGAACUUUCCCACAAGUUCCCAACUCUAGGUAGAAAGGGAGGACUACAAGAGGAAAAUUGGAAGAACAAAAAACGUCAAACUGAUAUACUUGAAGAACUUUCCAAACGUCCGGUGAAUGCAGUUAAUUCAAAAUAUCAAUACGAUCCAAGCAAUUUCUUUCAAAUGUCAAAAGACACCAAAAUAGAUUCAGAAGUUCCGGAAACUUUAAGCAAAAGUCCAAAUCAAUUAGAUAAUAGGAGCUAUCCGGAGGUGACAGAGUUCCUACCAGCAAUAGAAGAUGAUAACGAAGACCAGUCAACUUCCGGCGAAACUCCAACAAGUGAUAACAUGUCUAGGUUUAUUAGAAAACGCAGUUCUGAGGUUAUUCAGGAAGACCGCGAGAUCACGUUCACUCCUCCUGAUUUUAUAGGAAAACGUGCUUAUAGUGAACCAGACAUUGGAGAUAUGGAAUAUGUGUCAUCGGAUCGCUCAGAACCUUUCAAUUUCCCCUAUUUAGGGACAUAUCGUUUGAACCUAGGCAAAAACGAACCAUAUUCCGAUCUCGGAAUGCGACCAAGGAUUUCAGCUUCCAAAUUUCCGUCUGGUUCCCUAUCCAAAACUCCGUCCCUUGAUACGAGCUUUCUCCAUUUUUUCCCCUUUCAAAGUGCAACGUCUUUUAAUUCGCCUAACUUCAUAGGAAAACAUUCUAUGCAGUCAGGUUUUGUGCAAACUGACUCGUUCGAUAGACAUCUAGCCUCAUCGCCGGGCUUGCAUCUACCAAAAAGGCGUCGACAGACUUUUUUACAACCAAACAUGGAGUCGACGUUAGUGCAAAGUUCAAUGUUUGGCAAUGGCGAAACCAAGAGUGAUCUUGAUGACGAACUCAGUGUGUCGCUAAUAUCUGACUUUGCUGGGGAUACCAGUGUAGGUCUCUUUGGUAGCAUACCAGAAAGAACAUAGACACAAUCUCGUAAACAACCGGAAGCGCUGAACACAAUAGCAGAGGCAUGAACCUAAGGAUGACUCGUUUCUGAAAACAGCAUUGCGUCUGUCUGUUAAUCAUUUGAACACACCCGAGGAGGAUUUCCCUAGUCCCGCAGAAACAAGAAGUAUUAAAUACGGGUUCCCGGAUGUAGUUAGAAGUUUAAAACCGCAUGCGCUAGAACAUGCAUUCGGACUUAAUAAUCUUAAAGCCGCUAUUAGGAAUUACCAGACUGGACAACUUGGCUCCGAGUUUACCGACACUUACCCAGACAACGGCCGUAUCGAAUUCACCAAGAAAUGGGCUGAGUUUCUCGGCAAACGCUCCAACAAGAGAUGGGCCGAGUUUAUAGGAAAACGAUUUGGAGAGUACCUGGGUAAACGGUCAGGAGAAUGGCUAGGCUGAUUUUAACAUUGUCCACUGGUGGAAAAUGUAUAUGCCGGGAUAUAGAUUACGUUUGCUCGGUCAAUUUUAUUCAAAUGAGACUGUAAGUUCAAUGCAUACAAUAAACUGAUGUUUAAAGAAUAUUUUCAUGUGGGUAUAUAUCACUAGGGAAAAGGUUAAAAAUAUGUUUCACAUCCGUCGCGAUAACAUUCCUGGAUCAUUGUAUUGACCAGUCAAGGACAUUCAGCAGAUGUGUUAGACUUUAUUUACAUCACAUGUAUUCAAUGACCUUGACCUUUGUUGUCAAGUUGCAUCGCUCAAUCUUGUAAAUAUGGUAAUUUAUUUGUUUAAAUGUCUUCGUCGGGUGUGGCGAAAAUGUUAAGAAUUAAAGAAAAUUGAAUUUUC